GCUUCGCCUCCCACAGUGUCAGUGCGUAUUGCAGUGUUUUGCGGUGAAAAUUUAAUUUUAAUAGUUCAAUUAUUGAUUGUAAAUAGCUUUGUGCUCAAAACGCAUUUCUCAAUUGUAUAUAGAAGUUGAAAUAACGUUAAAAAGAACGCCGAUCGAGUGAACGAACAGCAGAAGGCGUACGCCGAUAAAGCCAUCACAGAGAUCACCGACUACUUUUUCUCGCUGCACAACGUGCUCCAGUCGGCCGAACAGGAGGUGUUGCUUUCCGUACGGAACAACUAUCUGCAGCUUCGCGCGGAAACGGAAAACGUCCAGAAGGAACUUGCCGUGUCCGAGCGCAAUUUGACGCGUUCGCUCGAACAGUUCAAAACAUUCGAAAUCGCUCUGCCCAAGGCCACACUGCUGUCCGAUCUGAUCAAGGACAUGAAAAAGUCGCUGCAUACCGCACCCGUCACGGCGCACUUCCAAGAGCCAACGGAGAACCCAUUCCGCUUCCGGGAAUGCAACCCGCUCCGGAAGGAAAUUCACAGCUACUUUGCCUUCGAGGUCAAGCCCACUAGCUACCGCCCGAAGCUGGUGCCAUUCUACACGCCGGAGCCCUUUCCUGUGCUGGAACCCAUAAAGUCACCGGAGAUACCUCACUCACCCGAGCCUGUCCCUAUAAGGCUCGAACACACACCCGGUAGUAGCAAGCGUGAUGACGAUCGGGUCGAGGACAGGGCAUCUGAAGCGCUCAACAGAUCUGCGGCAUCCUCGAGCCACACCGUGAAGGACAUGGAAAUAAGCCGGAUUUCCGAAGAACCGGAUAAUGAUGCCGAAAAGGAACAAGAUCUUCCGCGGGAACACCUUUCGGUUGGAUCGAGCAAAACGACCGAAAGUCGAUCCAAGUCCAAGGACAAGAAGCGCAAAACCGCCAAGGAUCGCCAUUCGCAUCGGGACAGGCACGCCACCGAUGAGGGCAAAGUUUCCAGCACAACUUCCAUGAGGGAAAAAUCGGCUAGCCCUGAUGUGGAAAUUGUUUCAAAUCGCUCUCAACGUUCGCCAUAUAGUCGACAAAGCAGCGGACGUCAGACUCCACAAAGUGCAUCACAUUCCAAACGACCUUUCCAACGAUUGAAGUCACACGGUUCCAUUAGUUCUGAUCACAGCAACUCCAAUCAAAAAGCUUCUUCCUCAGCUGGGGCUCCUGCUGAAUCUUUCCGCGAGGGAAGCAAACGAGAGGUCUACGAUAUAAACCCCAUCAAUCCGGAUAACGCAGCAUUCAUCAAGUACAGUCAGAAGGUCAACGUCACCCACGUGAUCAAUCCACACAAAUUCUUCGUCCAAAAUCAUGCCUUCAAACAAAUCGUCAAUCAGCUGUGCCGCGACGAUGGCGAGGACGCUGAAAUUCCAGAGGAAGUCAAGAUUGGCGCUCUGUACCUGGCGCAGCCCACUUCCGAACGACGCUGGUAUCGGUCCCGCGUCCUUGGGUGGUCCAAGAAAUCCAAGAAGUACGAGGUACUUUUCGUAGACUAUGGCCGCACGGAAGAGAUUCCCCACGAGGGCCUUCGGGUGUUGGAAGCGGAUCUACACGGCUUCGAUGAUGGAGCAUAUGAGUGCGCUCUGUACGAUAUCGUGCCAGCUGAUGGCGGUAAAAAAUGGGCUCCCGAAGUCAGACAGAUCAUGAUUGAUUUCAUCGAGAACAAACAAAUGAUCAUGUACGUCGUCCAGGCCGAAACGGGAGGAGCCGACCAUGUGGACCUCAUUAUGCAAACCAUCGAUAGUCCGAAAUCGCUGCGUGAAUCUCUGAUCUACCUAAACCUGGCCAAACCAGACCCGAAGCCGCCGAAGCGUAACGAUGAAGGCACGCUGCGGAUCACUCAGCUGCAGAAAGUCAAAAAACGCUGGAUCCUGGACUACAGACGACGCAUCCUGACUCGUGACUUGGAGAAAGACGACGUAUUCAAGACGAAAAUUACAUUCUCCGUUUCGCCCAGCGAGUUUUAUGUUCGCCGAAGCAGUCUACAGGAAGCGUACAGCAAGAUGCAAGUCGAGCUAACAGACUAUUGCAUCAAGGAAGCCCGGGUUGCUUAUUCCCCGCACGUGGGAAUGGUUUGCGCAUUUGCUGAAAAGGAUCGCGAUGACCUGCUGGUCUGGAAGCGAGGACGUAUCGUCAAAGUGGGCGAAGGAAAUUGCGAAGUUUAUUCCGUGGACACUGGCCAUCGCUUAACAAUCGGCUGGCAGGACAUCCGUGAAAUUGCGAAACAAUUCUUGGCACCGCUUGAGUAUGCCGUCCGUUGCAAGCUGAUGCAUGUGCAACCGUUCAAGCAGCACAAGUACCGAUGGACUGAGGAAGCCAUCCAAAGCUUCAACCGAAUUGCCGUCUCGUCGUCCGUUUUCCAGGUGAUCGUGGGUGAAAAACAGGACGACUGUUAUGAUGUUGCGCUCUACAUUCUGAAGCACCGCUCCGACACCUGUGUGAAUGCCCUAAUGGUGAAGAACGGUUUCGCCGUGUCUACAGGGCCCGAGAGUGCUGUUGUAGAGCGUGCCAAAGAAGUCGAAGAAGUACCAUUUAACAUCACCCAUGGAAACACAAGCGCAGGCGCUGCUUCCAAUAGCAAGAGCUCUACGUCGGAAAAGCGACAAGCACGGGUCCGGGUGGACAUCCUAAGAGUUGUUACCCCGAAUGAGUUCUACGUAAGUCUCGUGAAGAAUGCUAGCGGAAUAGCUCGCAUGCAGGAGGAAAUCCAGAACAAGAUGGAUGAGAAAAUGGACGAUGGAGAUGACAAAACGAAUUGGCAGCAGGGUGAAAUAUGUUUGGUGUUCCCAACGCCUUCGAAGGGACGAGGAAGCGAAGCCAUCGGUUGCGAGUGGUAUCGGGCUCGGGUUUUGGAAGUAGUUGACGACAGCAACUACACAGUGUUCCUGAUCGAUAAGGCUUAUACCAUGAACUCGCAUUAUUCCAACAUGAGCACCAUUCCGGCAGAGCUGAAAGAGUUGACGCAUGAGGUUCAUCCAGCUGCUAUUCGCUGUUUCUUGGCGUGCAUUGGCCCCACCGGCCAGCAAAACGUUUGGAGCUCAUCAGUGGUGGACGCCUUCAAGGUGGCCAUUGAGAAGUUCAAAUGCUACUCCAUUUCCCUGCAUGGCCGAAGUGUGAAUGAUUCUCUGCCCGUAAUUCUGUGGGGUAUGACGAUGGAAAGCACCAAAGCGCUCUCGCCACAGAUGUACUCCUACACGAACAUUAACAACAAGCUGGUCCUGUACGGUUAUGCGCACCUCAAGGAAAAGUUUCAACCCCUUUCAGCAGCUCUCUCGGUGGAGGAAGAACUGGCGCGACACUACAAAGCUUUCGACAAAUUUAUCGAAGACCUGGAUGUGGAAAUGGUCGAUCCUGUGGACGAAUUGAGUUACGCUGGAUCUUCGGAUGCGUAUCAUUACGACAUAACCGGCGAGACGACACCUAUUGAUCACUGGCUACCAGCGAAACCAAUUGACAAAACCAUUUUCGUCGGAAUUCCGACGUACGUGGACAAUAACGCCGUAAUCUACUUGCAUGAUAUGGAUAAGGAACGGACGCUCAACCUCAUCAAGAACGUUAUCAACACUAAAUUUGCGGACAGUCAGCCGCUGCCGAGUGACACGUUUUACGCCCCUGGUGAUCCUUGUAUGGCGAAAUACCACCUUGACGAUCAAUUUUACCGAGCGAUCAUACGAAAAAUGAUCAGUUCAUGUCGGUACAAGGUUCAGUUUGUCGACUACGGAAACAUAGAAGAAUGUGACGUCAAAGAUCUUCGGAAGAACGUCAUUUGCGGUAAUGUUCCAACCCUGGUCAACAAGUACCGCUUAACGGACGUUGCAUCCAAACAGCACGAAGGAAUUUGGUCCAUAGAGGCGCUGGACACACUGCACGCGUUGAUCGUAGGCAAACAGUGCCAAAUUCGUGUUGACACGGAUAUGGACACGGACCCAGCUGGAGUGGUUCCGUGCUAUCUCAAGACCACCGGAGAGCUGGCGGUGGAGGUAUCGGAUUAUCUACUCCGACAAGAUCUGGUCAUUAGGAAACGUGGCGUCUUCGAAGAGAAAGUCGAUCAACUUUAUGACCCAUACAUGACUCUCGGUGGUGCUUCAAGUAGCGAAGUCGCGGCUUCACCGAAAUCCAGUCGAAUGCGGAUUGGCGCCAAUUUUGGCGUAAAUACCGAAACGGAUGAAGUCAGUAAGGAUAAUGAACCUAAUGACGAUCUGCACACGCGUUUGAACCAGAAAGAAUUGACCGAUCUGCUGGACCAAGUGACGGCCGAACAGAACCGUUCGGAUGCUGCCGAAUUCGAAGAUGCCGACGUGGACGAUUCAGCAGAAGGCUCCGGCAUAGAUUUGAACAAAGUUCAAUACUUCUACAGCUACGGUGACAUCAAGCUGGAACCUUGUUCCGACUCGGAAGAGGGCGAACUGAGCGAUGAUGCCAAGAAAAGUGACGAAGUCGGAGACGGAGGUGCGACGGAUGCUUCCUCGAACAUUUCAUUCAAUCCAAAUGAAUUCGAUACAUCGACUCAGAUCGAUCCUCCGUUGGAAUUGACACGACCCACACUUCAUGGGUAUCCGGAAUUUUCGUUGGACGAAUCCGUUCAUGGGUUCUAUUGCGAAGUAACGAACCUCAUAAAUCCCUUCUCGUUAUUCGUGUUCCCCCAGCUGGAUGACCAUAUCCAGCGCAUGAAGGAGACAAUGGCACGAAUUCAAUGCUACGCCAAGAAGCAUCGGAAAUGCCCCGAUAUCGAACCGAAAAUGCCCUGCCUGGCUGUGUUCAAACAAGAUGGCUACUGGUACCGUGCUCUGAUUGAGGAGUAUUAUCCGGAACGCGCGGAAGUCCGAGUUUUAUACGUUGACUAUCUGAACAAAGAAGUCGUCAAUGUGCGAGACAUUCUCAAGUGUCCCGUCAGUUUACGUAGAGUUCCUAUGCGUAAUGUGCAGAUCCAGCUGCACGCACUGCAAGCCAAUCCCCGAAUGCGUGAACCGGAUGUUACGAGAAAAUUGGUAGAGCUUAUCGAAGGUAAGAAAAUAUACGCCAGAGUGGUUUCACGCACCCCAAAGCUCGAAGUCGAGCUGUUUGGUGAUUCUAGGUGUAAGCAACUGAUCUAUCAUCAGAUGAUCAAAGAAAAAUAUUUCCUCUUAGAGAAAUAAGUAGCACUCAGAGACAGCACGUACGAAUGUGGGAAAAUCAUCGGUUAAAUUAUUACCUGUGUUAUGGAAGAAAAUAAUGAGAAAUUAUCCUACUUUGAGUUCUUGUUCUAACGGAAGAAUUUGUGAAAUGUAUAGUAUUAUUUCUUCCUCGUCUGUCAUUUCUUGAAAUCAAUAGCAAUAAAUGUGUAAAAUAAAGUUGAAUAAAAGUGUGUAAAAAUUUGA